AGAAGAAGAAGUUGUCGGAAGUGACGCAAAUAUUUUGAACGUUGCGCGCGCUGACGGUGCUGUUCGGUUAAACGCAGAUGAAGUGGUCUGGGAGCUGAGAGUGAAACAUCACCCCUAAGAGCACAUUCACCCCCCGGAUUCAGCCUUGUUCCAGCAUUCUCCUGUUCACAUUCAGUGUUUUUGUGAUCAUUUCGUUCCCAGGACACGAUGAAGAGAGCAGACAGAGCUCCAGGGAAAGAUUCAGCGAUUCCCACUCAUCCCAGUUUAGCAUCUAAGAAAGCAAUCAUCAAGACUGAUCCUGAAACUAUGAUCAGAAAAAAUCCAGUGAAAAGUCUCAAAGGACCCUCAGUAAGAUUUGGCCACCAAAAUGAUGUGAAGGAACAAAAUCGGCUUUUGAUGGGAGCCAAUGAAGAUCUGCAGAAGCAGAUUUCAGAAUUAAAGGAAAGUGUCUCCGUAUUAGAACAACGCUGCAGUGAUCUUCAGGAAAACAACACUGGAAUAAAGAAGCAGCUCAGAGACUGUCAUGCACUUCUCAUUGCGGAAAACCUCGAUCCGGUUUCAGGGGAGAAACUUGGUGAAGCAGCAGAACAGAUGACAGGACAAAGAGAAGAACUCAUGACCGUUUCCCAAAAACUGUUGAUGGAGCUGAAACAGUUUGAGGAUUUUACAAAAGAGCACAGAACCCAUUUAACAGAGGUGCAGAACACCAUGGGAAGUCUUAAAGAAGCCAGAGACAAGCUUUACCUGGAAAGAGAAUCAUUUUGCACCUAUGCUGAGACGAUGGAGAGAGCGCUGGAGGAGGCAGAGAGGCUGCUGAUAGAUUAAAAGUAUUGUCUGUGAGGAGGGUUUUUUUUUUUCCAUUUUGUGAAUAAAAAACUUUUUGUCGGUUAUGGUUCCUGAGUUCUUGUGAAAUAAAAAAAAAUGUACAAAGAUAUUAAA